UGUCCCGACGUCCUACGUAAAACAAUAACAUCAUUUGCCAUCCUAUGUACUUUUUGGGCAGAAAAAAAAUACACAGUGUGGACAGAAGUGUUUGGACAUGGGGUCAUUCCAGACCACAGGAAGUCAAACUGCAAGAAAAUGUACAUUUAUAACCGCUUCCACUGCCCUGGGAAGACUUUUGACAAAAUGUUGAAUCUGAAAGAAGGCCCGUUGGCUCACCAUUUUGGUCUUAUUCAUUCUAAUUGCGUUCUUCCACACCACACAUAUCCAAACAUGCCUUUGUGGAACACUAAAUGGACUUCCCUUAACUCGUCACACAAACUUGGAAGCAUAAUGCCAACAUUCGAUGAAGAAUUAAGGUUCAGGGGGCUAACCCAGGGGUGGGCAAAGUGUGGCUGUCGGCCGACAUACGGCCCGCUCCAUUCUUAAAUGCGGCCUGCCGAGCAUUUGCAUGAUCAAGAUGUCAUAUUUCCACCCAUUCAUCUUUACUACUUAUCCUCACGAGGGUUUGUUGCUUCAAUUUAUUUUUUCUCUAAAAUUAGUGAAUUACAAUUUAUUUACAGCAUUCAUUUUUUCGAUUCACUUACCUCAUGAAAUAAUUAGUUAAUUUAUUGUAAAUAAAAAAAAUUUAUCCUCGUAAAAUAAACCAUUUCAAAAACACUCAUGGAUAUGUUCAAGAAUUAAAUAAUUAUAAUUGAAUAAAUUAUAAACAAUACAAAUAAAAUAAAUGUUAUUAUUCAUUAAUAUUUUUUGUUUCACAAUUCACUUUUUAACCUCAUCUACGAAUAACCUGGCCCAUCGGUCCUUUUGAAGGAUUAUUCAAAUUACCUUGAGCACCAAACUUUGCCCACCCCUGGUCCAUCCUGAACCCUGAGUGAUGAACUACUUUUAUCUACAUAUUCCAGCACCACCAUCGAUCGCCAUCCUUUUCUUUCUUUUUACUGCAGUUCACAUGCAUGCGCUCAUCACCUUUCUAUCCUUUUCUCUCUUACCUGCCUCUCCUCCUGCAGUCAUCCUGUGCACCCUCACAGCACCCCACACCUACCCAGGACCGCUUUAUUAGAGACCCCGUCUAUGGCGUUCGCCCCAGUGGACCCCACCUCCGGUCCCAGACUGGUCAAAUGUCAGCAAUGGCCCCUGUUAGGGCGCCAAGACCCCCGAGAGCCUCCGGACCCGAUCGAUUACGAGAGCAUUGUUCCUGAUUUGGAGAACGAUGACAUGUUUGCCAGGCGGACCCUCGCCUUCCAGUCCAACAGCGAGCUCGCCGCAGCCAAAACCCCGCUGUCGGCAAAACGUUGCCUGUUCACGUCGGAGGAACAGAUCAAUAUCGUGACGCAGCUUCCUAAGGAGGAGGAGGAGGAAUUUCCCGACAUCGAGCAGGACGACGUGGUCCAACGUUGGGAGAAAAUCCAGCAACAGCGACGCCCCCUGUCGGGCGCCCCUGACAACUUCUCCCCAAUGGCCAUCCCUGAACCCUGGGACCUCCCUCCUGAACUCAAGACCAGGCUCCUGUGCCCGCCGUGCCCCCUCACGCGGGAGUCAUCGGCAAACACAUCCACUCGCGUCCGAACGGAGCCGAGUCCCGAAACGGACGACAUGCUGGUCCGAAAGCUCACUGCGCAGCCCAGCCAGGUGUCAGCCAAUCAGGCCAGCCUCUGUGCGCCAACUUCCUGUUCUGAGGGCGACCUGCAGAGAUGGCAGGCCAUCAGGGAAGCUAGUCAGCGGAGAUACAAGAAGCGGCUGAUGGUGGAGAUGCUAACGGCUCUCAAGUUGUAGGAAGGCUCUGCAGUUCCACAUUUAGCUGGAAAUAUUUUAUGUCUCAACUUAGUAAGGAUUUAUUGUUGCAAGUUCUGUUAAGGUUUGCUGCAAACAGUUGGGAAAUAUCUUGUUCUUUUUGUUGUUGCGAUAGGUUGGAGGGUUUGUGUUUUUCAAAUCGGAUAUUUUCGUAUGGUUUCCUGUUGACUGGCUAAUGGAGAUAUUAACAAUGCAACUGCCGCAUGUUAGGUUAUUUUUGUUUUGUGAACAAAUGUUAUUAACACUAUACUUCCUCAAAUAGUGGCCUCCUUACUAUGACUCUCGACCUGUACCACAGCACAUAACCUUGACAGAGCAGAGGUGGCAUCUGUAAAGCUGCAAGGGAAGUGGAUAUAAACACAAGUGGGUAGUGUCCAUUGAAAUGAUGAGACUCGCAGGGUUGCGUGAGAGAGGUCUUCUCCAAAACCGUGGCAUCUGUAAAGCAGACAUUUCCCUUGGAUUGGAAAGGAAAUGUUUGAAACACACAAAAGUUGAGAAAAAAUCAUCUUCGAUAGGGAGAGGCCAUGAUGUGAUAAUGAAAGAGCAACACUGUCCAAUUUUAAUUGUGUUCCAAAAGUAAAAUAAUACUUGAUACAAUAUAAUAUUUAUUGGAAUAAACACACAGAAUAUUUUUUUUGGGGCGGGGGGGUUGAUCCGAAACACAACAAAAAUUAUACUACCGUUACUACAGUAGAUGACUGGUACUCUCUGCAAUUAAAUAAAUACACACCUCUGGCCUUUAUAUGAAAAAUGUAUAUGUACGAAUAAUAAUACUGCACCUGAUGACCACCUUACAACUUUAACUCUGCACUUGAGUAAAUAAAAGCACCUGGCCACUGUGUGAGGAAAUAUGAUAUUUGAAUGUACUUUUGGAGGGUUUUCUCAACUGAGUGGAUUUAAAAAAAAUAAAAAAUACUGGACCUUAUUAAAUAAAAAUUAUACUGUUUA